CGAAAGGACGAUUUUUUUUAAUACGAGUGAUUUUUUUUAAAUUAAGUGAUAAUGACCGAAGGCAAAGGCAAAGGACUUAACGAAGAAAUUAAUAUUGUCAAUUUAGAUGAGAUCGGUACGAAACUACAGGAUGCUCCCACAGAAGUGUUUGAUGAUAUCAAAGGCCUCGACGCGAAUCGCUAUGCGACGAAGAAGACGGUCGCUCAGGGCAUGUUGGACAUCGCCCUGCUGACGUCGAAUGCGUCGCAGCUUAAGUAUGUGCUACAAGUCGGACAGAAGCACGAGUUUUAUACCCUACUGGUUAUACUCAUCAGUGUGUCAAUAGUUCUACAGGCAAUUGCGGGAGUGCUGGCUCUUAUAAUAUCAUCUUUGGACGACGAGAAUAACCAUAAACGAAAGAAGAUAGCUAACGGUCUAUACCACCUGUCGGUCGGACUGAUGACAGGCGUGGUCUUCUGUGACGUCAUCAAAAUGACGUUCGGAUUUGACCCAGCUCUCUCCGAACAAGAUUAUUAUAGGAAUAGUUAG